GAUUUGAUGAUAUAUUAUAAAAACACAUUACUGAAUAAAAUAAAAGAAUUUGUAGCCGAGUAGAGCCCGAGACAACCUCAGUAAAUCAAACGCGACCACAAGAGAAAAAAAUGAAAAACUUGGAGGGAUUAGGAAUUGGUUUUUGUCCUAAUUUUCAAGAUAAACUGUGAAUGGAUAAUGUGGACAGAGGCCAGUAGUGGUUUACAUGAAUUGUGAGGGACUGCACGGUUAGAGCAGCCUAACAGCAUGGCCAGUCAGUUCCCUUCUGAGGCCCCUGAUCAACCCCAGAUGUUGGACCAGAACAUGAAUAACCACCCUUCUAUCAAGCAAACUCCCUCCCCUGGGGAGAAGGAGUUUGUAUUUUUUCUUUCAUCUCCAGACACUGAAUCCAUCCCCUCUCCCAUUUCUGGUUCUCCUCUUUUGCAACACCACCCAAUCACACCACAACUACUACAGAAAAUUCAUGCCGAAUCACCCCAGAAAUCGCCAAAGAUCCCCCACAAAGACAAAACACCAGUAAUUCAGGCAAAAUCAUCACCUUCGUCAUCAACCCCAAUCAAGAUGGCUGAUAAACCAAUGGCCUCUACUCCUAAUGAAGGCCAGCGGACCAAACCAAAACCACCAGACACCCCCCAACCCGCACCAGACACAAAACCGUCCAGCGAUGGUUGUAAAACACAGGGUGUUACCAGUUCUGUUGUUAGUGGUAGUCAUGGUAACAAUGACUCUGAAAAGGUUGUGGAACCCUCAGGAACCAAGGUUGUGAAACGACAGAAACAUGUUACCAUGGCAAUGGAGAGCAAUGGAGGAGAGUCAACGAAAGAUCAGGGGGCAGAUGCACUGUAUUCUGACCGCCGGCCUGAUCUCUCUAUGUAUAGAGUGAAGAGGGAUCUAACCUUCUGUACAGAACCCGAGGAGGGCGACAUGGAUACGUCAGCUGUUGAACUACGAAACCGGCCGCGAGGCGAGCUACGACACGCCAUGUCAGAGGUCCUGCCCAAUGAAGUGCGUCUCCGCAAACGCAGCCAGACCAUGGCAAAUGUCAAGGAACAUGCAUACAGCAGGCUACAAGAGGAACUCUCUAAAGCUCAGGAGGAGCUGAAGUUGAAGGAUGAGGAAUGUGAGAAGUUACUGAAGGUCCGGGAUCAGAUGGGGAUGGAGCUGGAAGAACUCACAGCCAGUCUGUUUGAGGAAGCUAAUAACAUGGUUCAGGAUGCCAACAUCAAAAGGAUGCACUCCGAGAAACUGCUGAAGGAAGCCCUCCAGCAGAUUGAGGUCCUGCAGGCUGAAGUGGUGGCCCUGAAGCAGCUGGUCCUGACUUCUACCCCCGCCUCACCAAACAAGCACCUCCAUCCUCAAAUUGCCACCACCAUCGCCGCCGAAAAAGAGAAACCGAAAUCCAGUAAGCCGUUCUGGAAGACCCACCGACGUUCCACGAGUCACCACGAGUUUACAAAGGAGGCUCGACAGGAAGUCGAGGCCCAGCAAGAGGCCAAGGCCGAUAGGUGUAAAGAGACCGACAAUUUUGAAAAUACGAUUGACAGUACGAUUUAUGAGGAGUUUGUGGAGUGGCGACAGAACCCCUCACUGGAGCUGACCACGGCCUUCCUCAACAGGAUGUAUGUAGAGGACAUCGGCCCCUGUCUGAACUUCUCCAAUGUGGCAUUGGCAGAACAAGUAAAGAAUUGCGUGGCCAGUAACAGCCUGACCAUAGAGCCCAUACCGGGAGACAGUUCCUAUCCAAGGAAAUGUCGACUGACAGAAAUCAACAAAUUAUGUAACUACAAAAUAAAACUGGGAGAAAAUUCCGACUGGUACUCUAUAUCCCAGCUUUGUAGGAAUAGGAUUGCCGCUGUUUGUGAUUUCUAUACAUACAUUCGAUACAUUAACCAAGGAUUAGUCAAAAGUGAAAAUAAAGAUGCUUUCUAUGAAGUUGUGAGAUUAAGAAAGAAGAUGGCCAUGUCUCGCCUUGGGUACACGUAGUGUGUCAGUGAUUGUCACUGGAUUGAGGGGGGGGGGGGGGGGGGGGGGGGUACACACAGAGUGUGUUACUGACUGUUAUUUACUGUGUGUAUGGGGAGACUCUCAAGUAUCGGUGCCAUGGUUGCUGUGUGUUCAGGAGAUCGGUCGCUGUGUGUUCAGGAGAUCGGUCGCUGUGUGUUCAGGAGAUCAGACACUGGAGAUAGAGAACAAUGAAAAGUGGAGAGAGUGAACAGUCGGGAGAACGGUCGCAGCACACAGCGUGUUACACAAACUAUAGUACACUAUAGUACACGUGUAUGUAUUUUAAAUCAUGUUAAUUCCCAGCAUGAUAUGUUUGGGUAUGUUAAUCUUUACAGGAGGAAGGAAAGCAACAACGUACUCUGUGUCAGUGUGCGUUUCACUUCGUAGGUUAUUUUUAUAACAGUUUACAAUGUGGACCAUUGAUAAUCAUACUAAAAACCAUCACUAGCUUUAAACAUAGAAUUUACCAUUGUGAGGAGGCGGAUUAAACAGUUUAUGUAUAGAGGGUUAAUUAUGUUAAAUCUAUUGUAACAGGGGUCUUCAUUGUGAAAUUAGAUGGAUAAAACUAUUAACAGAACACAUACAUUGUUAGAAUGAGGGAUGUAACUUUAAAGCUAUGGAAAAAAAGAUGUGUUAUAAAAAAAAAAUGUGUUAAAAAAAAGAUGUGUUAAACAGGAGAAAAGUCCUGAUUUAUAACAAUAGUUGUUGAGAAAUCAAUCACUGCUGUAAACAAUGGUGUUUGUUUAGAUGAUGGUUUUGUUCCGGUAGUGUUGUUCAGAAUUGCUUUAGUUAUUGAAUUUAUGAACAUGUGCCAAACAAAUGCUACUCACCUACUUCUAAUAUGCAAUCCAUGUGACUCUCUGUCAUGUGAAUGAUAUAAAAAUGCACUCAAAAAGGGUACUGUGCUUUACCUAUGUCUAUGUACAAUGUUCAUGUAAAAACAAAUCUAUUAGAUCGUGGUAUUUAUCUUAACACAAAUAUUAUUUUAUGUUGUAAGGACUAUAUUAAAUCUAUAGAUUGUAGUAUUUAUCUAACACAAAUGUUAUUUUAUGUUGUAAGGACUAUAUUUAUACAUGAACUCUAGCUGUUGAGGUGUUUUCAUAUUCUGAUAUAUAUUUCAUAUUUUUCUAGUAAUUGUUGUGUAUAUGUGCAAUAUUUGGUACAAUAUUAUAAACACACUCCAUGGAAGUGACUGUGGAUAUUUUGGGUUUAUCUGGAGGAGUGCAACAAAUAGUUUGGAUUUUACCUCAGCUCCAGUAAGGGACAUAGUCUAGUGGGUGGAUCCAGGGCAGAGCUUAGUGGGUGGAUCUUAGACAGAGCCUAGUGGGUGGAUCUUAUAUGAAGACAGAUAAUAGUGGGCAGAUCUCUAAGACAUAACCUAGUGGGUGGAUUUAAAACAGAAACUAGUGGGUGGAUCUAAGACAGAACCAAGUGGGUGGAUCUAAGACAGAGCCUAGUGGGUGGAUUUAAGAACCUAUUGGGUGGAUCUGAGACAAAGUCUAGUGGAUGGAUCUAAGACAGAACCAAGUGGGUGGAUCUGAGACAAAGUCUAGUGGAUGGAUCUAAGACAGAACCUAGUGGGUGGAUCUGAGACAAAGUCUAGUGGGUGGAUUUAAAACAGAACCUAAUGGGGGGAGGGGAGACUGCUGGAAUCUGAAAAAGUGUUCUAGUUAUAGGUUUAUUGUGUUUUACAGUUUACAAGGACCACACCCAUCUCAUGGCAGGAAUUGAUACAUUGUUAAAUGUGCACAGAAUGCUGUAAUGUGUGUGUUUAUUUAUAUAUCAAAGAAAUUCCUCUUCAAGCACUUCAAUAGUAUUAAAGAAUUUUAACUUGCAUACCUAUCAAGAAGAAAUAAUAAAUACCACAGACGAUGGGGAUAAGUUAGCAAUUAGAUGUUGUGAUGGGAGUGUAAGAUACAACGCGACUUAAAAAUAAUUUAUUCCAAACAGAGUAAUGUGCAAUAAUAUAUAUCUAUUUAAGAGUGUAGGUCUGUAUGCAGGGAGUUAUUUACAUUAUGAAAUGUAUGUAGCGGUGUCUGUGUGGGGAGACUGGUCUUUGUGUAAUAAUUACACUGGUGUGAAUAUAGACAUAUUUUGUCUGUGUUAAAGAGAUAGCCUCUUCCUAUAUGGCAAGAAGCUUUCACAUGCUGUAUAAUGGAGUGUAAUUUUUUAUCAAAAUGUGAAAUUAAUUCGGAUUCUUCCAUAUAGAGUUACGGCUGCAGUAAAGAUACAAGAUAUGUUUACUAUUUUUCAUCCUACAUGAUAUAGUUUUGGGUGACUCUGUUUUUAAACUGCAAGCAUACAGGCAGGAUGUAAGCUUUUCAGAAUUACUGUAAAGGUUUGGUUGCAUCUGCCAAGUCAGGGGUUUAUGAUGUGGGGGUGGGGUGGGGGGUUCCUUGUGAAGAAAUAAGGGAGAUUUUUGUUAUGAUUUCUAAAUGUUCCAAACUUUCAGUUGAUUGUGCUGGCCUACUGUAUCUUCAGGCUUUAUGACAUGAUUUUUUUAAUCUUUUUGGUUUUUUUCAGGAUUUGAUGUUUUCUGUUUAUUCGCUGUGUGCGUUCUGUUCCACUUAUUCAGGAUUUAUGAUAUGUUCAGUAUUUACGAUAUGUUCGGUAUUUACCUUAUGUUCGGUAUUUACGAUAUGUUCGGUAUUUGCAACAUGUUGGUUGUGAUUAUUUCAGUCUUUAGUGUCCAGUAAGAAAGUGUGAGAAGUAAGUGGAAAGAAAUUUCAACAUUACGGACAAAUUUUUGUUUUUAUCUUUUUUAAUCACUUUAUAUAACUUUACAGAACAAAGAAAUCUGUUUCACUACCAGCCACCUUUUUGGGAGAAAUAUUUCAAGUUAUUGGAAUUCCAGUAGCAAAAAUUUCUGACUACAUGAAAUGUAUUGAUUAGAAUUGGGACUUAAAGCAAAUAAACCUUGUCAUGGUGUCUAAUGUCUGCAUGUGUAUCGCAUUAUUUGUAGGAUGUACAUGUGUAUCCCGUUAUUUGUAGGAUGUGCAUGUGUUUCCCGUUAUUUGUAGGAUGUACAUGUGUUUCGAAUAUAUUGUAUGUUGAAAUUGUUCAUGCACAUACAUAUUAGAAUAUUUUUGAUUGCAAAUUGUACAUUUUCCAUUUUGAUAGAAAGUUUUGUAUCCAUGUUAUUUUUAUAGCGAUGUUCCUGUCGUGUCCGUUUCCUUCUACUGUACUGAGGAUCAUGUGACUAGAGGAUCACGUGACUAGAGGAUCACAUGACUUGUAUUUGUUGCGUGUAGAAUUUUCUGAUGUCCUGAAUUAUGUAUGACUUACAGAGUUCUGUUUCACAUUUAGGAAAAUGUUUGUGCAUUGUGGUCUUCUUGCAGUUUAUAGUUUGUCCUCGGUGUGGCCAGGAGGCUGGUCAUAGGGAAGGUAAACUGUUUGGUAAAAGGGCAUUUCUGGUUGGUCAGAGAUCACACGAGGUCUCUGAAAAAUGUUUAUUUUUCAUGUUGAUGAACAAAAUAUUUUAAUUAAAGUUUGUUUAUCAAA